UUACAUUGAAUAAUUUCAGGUUAUGUUGCUGAGUAUGCCUGAAUUGGAUGAGAUCUACCAGAAGUGUUGUCUACUAGCCGAUGAGAAGGAAGGAAGUUAUGAUGACCGUGACAGAGGUUUUGUACAUCCCACUCGUCUUGUCAACUUCCUCGUGGGUCUGCGAGGAAAGAAUGAGACCAUGGCCAUCGGUGGUCCCUGGAGUCCUUCCCUGGAUGGGCCAAAUCCAGAGAAAGAUCCUACAGUUCUUAUCAAAACGGCAAUUCGUAAUUGCAAAGCUCUAACCGGAAUUGAUUUAACCAACUGUUCUCAGUGGUACCGCUUUGUGGAGAUUUACUACCAUCGGGCUGAGACCAUUCAUAAGGGGAAGACGGUGCCUGCUCGUGUUGAAACCGUGGUACUUUAUCUGCCAGAUGUGUGGAACUGCCUGCCGACUCGUCUGGAGUGGGAUGGUCUCCUCCUCGACUAUAAGAAACAGCUGGAGCGUCUCCUCAACCCGGACGACGAGGCAGAGGGAGAUGAUAAGGACACCAGUGUUGGAGAGAUUCAAAAGAGAGAACCGAGUCACUAUUCUCAAUUAGAUCCUAAGAUUAUGAAGGUGCAUGAUCUUCGUGAAGAGUUGGAGGCUCGUUCACUGUCGACUAAAGGAUUGAAAUCUCAACUAUCUGCUCGGUUGACAAAGGCUUUGAAGACUGAACAAGAAAAAGAAGAAGAGGCUAAUGGUACAAAGAGUGACGGUAAAUCAGACAAAUCUGAUAGUAAAAAUGGAAAAGAUGAAAAGGAUGAAGAGAAGAACAAAAAAGAGGAGGAAGAGAAAAAGAAGCUUGAUGAGAAAGAGAAACAGUUGUUAGAGAAGCGAUACACUUUGCCAGAGAAGAGCCACAUCCUGGCACACCCCUCUCGGAUAGCUAAGUCUGGAAAAUUCGACUGUACUGUCAUGUCUCUGUCCUUGCUUCUAGACUACAGACCUGAGGAUUCCAAGGAACAUUCCUUUGAAGUGUCGUUAUUUGCAGAACUUUUCAAUGAAAUGCUCAUGAGAGAUUUUGGUUUUCAAAUUUACAAGGCCCUAGUAGAAGUUCCUGAAAAGCCAAAGGAAGAAAAGGAAGACAAAGACAAGAACAAGGACAAGGACAAGGAAAAAGAAAAAGACAAAGAUAAAGAAAGAGAAAAAGAAAAAGAUAAGAAAUCAGACAGAGACAAGAGUGCUCACAGCGAGAAAAAGGAGGACAGAAAAGAUGAUAAGAGGGAUGAUAAAAAACAGUAUGAAGAAGAAGAUAGUAAAAAGGAUAGGAGAGAUUCAGAUAGAAAGAAGAAAGAGAGGGUGAAGGUUGUGACAGUGGACCCUUACUUACUUUUGUCUUUUGUCUACUUUGACCAGACACAUUGUGGUUACAUAUUCGACAAGGACAUCGAAGAGCUGCUUUUCACUCUUGGACUCAGUUUGUCUCGUGCUCAGAUCAAGAAACUAGUCCAGAAAGUCAUAUCCAGGGACUCGUUACACUACAGGAAACUUACAGAUAAGCCUAAGGAUGAUCCUACUGCAAAACAAAAUGGAGCCCAGACAACUGAGGAUCUCAUGACUUUAGCUCUUGGCAACAAGCGUCUGUUCCCCAUCUUUGAAGAAGCUGCUACUCCCAGCAAACGUAGCAAGAAAGGCUCUGACAAGAAAGCUGAAACCCCAGAACUUCCAAGUGGUUUUGUGAUGUUCAAUGGAUCAUUGCUGGAUAUUAAUAAGCUACAAUCACAGUUUAAACGCAGUGAAGAGACUCGUGUUAAGACUGAAAAAUUGCUGGAGAAGCUUCGAUCUGACAAUGCAAAUCUGAAGGAGACAACCAACCGAAAUGUGGCCACAAUCAAGAAACUUAGUUCUGAACUGAAGGAUUUCAAAGAAAGACUCACAAAUACGAACUCUGAAUUGUGCACUAUGGAUAGUAAAACCAAGUUAUACUUCGCAGCAAUGACUGAAAUUUAUGAAAAGCUGGGCCCGAUUCUUGCUCAAAAACCAGUCGUUAAAGAGGAAAUCAUUGAAGAUGUCGAAAUGGAGGAUGCUAUGGAAAAUGCAAAUGCUGAAAAUAAGCAAGCAGCAAAAUUGGAAAUGAAAAAGGAGAUUUUUGAAAAAAGUACCCGUAAGGUAGAAAAGGAUGUAGAAACUAAAUUAUUAUCUCAAGAAAACACAAACAAUUCAAAUGUUGAGGCACAGAAAAUAGAAAGUAAAACUGAAGUAAAUCAUAAGAAAGAAAAUGUGGUAACAGAGAAAACUGAAACUGAUUUAGUUAAAGAAAAUACAAGUGUAAAAGAAUCUAACCAGGAAGACAAGAACAAAAAACCUGUAGAUGGGGAAACUGAAGAAAAACCAAAUCAACCUGAGUCAAAAGCUGAAGUUGCUGUAGAAAACCCACCUUCUACUCCAGAACCGAAAAUAGAGACAAAAGUAACAGCACAGCCUAGUAGAUCUUCUCCUAGACAAUUAGGUAUGAAAGCAGAGAGCCAGACAACAGUUGCAUCUCCAAAUGAAUCAUCUCAGACGGGCAAAGAGUUGUCAUCUGAUUCCAAAGAACAACCUGCAGAAACCAAAGUAGAUGAAAAAUGUUCAUCAGGAACAACGUUAGAACCUAAACUAGAAGAAAAGCCAUCUCCAUCGGUACGGAAUACAAGGUCUCGAGAAAUUAAGGUGGAAGAUAAGAAAACGCCAGUUAAAAAGUAAUGCUGUGUUUAGAAAAUGUUAUCAUAAAUAUGUGUACUAAUUUAAUUUUAAUAGGACAUGUUAGAAAGAUUGGACAUUUAUUUCUAUGAUUAAGGAAUGAUGAGUUAUAUUUAGUAAACUUAUGUGUUAUAAGUUAUUUUGUAUUAAAUGCUGGUAAAAAAACCUAAAAA